UUCACAGUGAGGGAACCUUGACAGAUUGGUCAAAUUUAUAUUUCUCAAUGAGAGAGAAUUUUCUUUUGCAAAUUGAAGUAUGUGCAACCACAGACUUUUUCCAAGAAAAAACUCCACACUGAAGUAUGACGAUGAUGAACUAGAAUGAUGAAUGGUGAAGCUGGGUCCUUGGGUCACUCUGGGGCCAGCCAGGCACAACACAGCUGUGCUCUCCCCUCUCCUACAGAUGGCAGCACCGCAGAUGUUAAUAGGUGUACAAAGGAGGACAGACCAGAUCAGCUUAUGUUCAAACAGUGCCAGGAAUCUGUGAACAGUGUUGUAAAACAUGAUGGAGCUGUGUUCACUGGACCGUCUCCUCCCUUGAUCUGUAAUGGUGGUACUCGGUGUCAAGAUCACAGUGAUGCAAAGUCUCCUGACAAAAGGGUACGACAGCUUUCUGCUGUCUGUAGAAGCCAUGAUGUGGUAGAGGAUGGUGUAAAUCCAUCAGGUAAAGAUGAAAAGCAGUCAAGGGAAGUUGUACAGAAAGUAGCUUCAGAUGACACUGGCGGUACGACACAUGUAUCGGUUAAGGGUCAGAAAACAUUUGUCAAACGCGAAAGUGAAAAAGACACAAUAGACUCAAACCAGACUGUCUGUGAGUCUCUGACUCUUCCAGAAGGCAGGAGUGAAACAUUAUUAAAUGUAACUGAUAAAAGUACGGAAAUGGAUGUGAUUAACAAUCGAAGUAAGAUUGAGUCUGAAGACACACCAAUGGAGGUUGAUAGAGAAAAUGUAGAACUAGAAGGUGAAACAGUGUCAAGUAUUGGCAGUUCACAAGACCCGGAGGACACAAGCUGGAGUGGAAUGGCAGACCAAGAGAGUGGGCCUGACAGUGAUGCAGAACUAAGAAUUGAGAUCAGUGAUGUCCGGACUGUCAACUUUGAUGAGGAAGUUGAUCUAGAUUCAAGUGAUCCCCUCGCAAUAAUUGAUCUUGAAAACUCCGGAGGCCUGUCCAGGGGUAACAACUCCCAAGAAGAUUUCACCAGCCCCAUCACAGGAGACGCAUCACAAGCUUUUGAAGAGGAAGGGGAUUCUUCACCACAGAAUGGUGGCAAUAUGGAAGAUGGUGAACGUCAAGCCAGCCCACAUGGCCCCACGGCAGGAGAAGCAUCACAAGUUAAUCAAGAGGAAGGGGAUUCUCCACUACAGAAUGGUGGCAAUAUGGAAGAUGGUGAACGUCAAGCCAGCCCACAUGGCCCCACGGCAGGAGAAGCAUCACAAGUUAAUCCAGAGGAAGGGGACUCUUCACAACAGAAUGGUGGCAAUAUGGAAGAUGGUGAACGUCAAGCCAGCCCACAUAGCUCCAUGGUAGAAGAAGCAUCACAAGUUAAUCCAGAGGAAGAAGACUCUUCACCGAAGCAUGAUGGAAAUAUGGAAGACGGUGAAGAUCAAGCCAGCCCACAUGGCCCCACAGCGGGAGUGAAUGAUAGAUACACACUCUGUGAGAGUUCAGAGAAUGGUCAUGAGGAGAGGCCUAAUUUGACAGAGAGAACUGAGGGAGACUCGUUAGUCACCAAGAACCAGAAUGGUGAGAGCCCCAGCACUGAGACCCAGACCAAAGAAGCUGAUAUCCUGCAUGAUCUAUACCAACAAACGUCCUCUCUACAUGACCCAGAGCUGAACACACUGAAAACAUCAGAUGCUGGGAAAGAAGCAGAUACGGAGUCGGCAGCAACAACAACUCAAGCAAGUACUCUUCUUUCCAACAUCGCUGAAACAGUUCAGAAGAUAAAAUCCGAGCCACAGGACCAGGGGUAUGAAGAUGCUCAGACUUCUGUUCAAGAAGCCCGGGUUGGCAGCUGCAGCAAGACACAGGAUAUGACGGAGCGGUUCCGUCUGCCAGAGAGUAUGUGUAGGACAGAACCAAGUACUGUAUCUCAUACCGUCAUAACACAGCCAGCAUCCCUGAUCACCACGCUGCCAUCUCCGAAAGUCCUGCCUUAUAUGGCCAUGAAGACCAUGGUUACUCCGACACUGCCAAGUCGCGUGAUCAGCACCACAUCUGUGGCACCCAUGUCACAGGCCCUUGUUGCCAAGGGGAUGGAAGGAGCUCAGACCAAAACUGUGGCAUUACUAGUUCCCUUUAGAACACAGGGCAAUGACAGGGGUCCCAUGUUUGCUUCACUUCCCACUGUCUCAAGCAAAGAUACAAGUUCCGCCACUGCCCAUUCGGAGAUUGCAACAAGUGUGACAGUCAGUGUUGCAUCUUUGGAGCCUGUCAUGUCAACAAAUACUCUUGUGUCAAAAAGUGAGGAAGAAGUAGAAAGUUUUGAAAAGCUUGUUUAUGAUAAGUGCAUGCAGCAUGAAGUGAAGUCUAUUGACUUGGGAAAAGUGUCAGAAUUUCUUCAGCGGAGAAAUACCAUGAAGUGUUAUAAGGGGUCAAAACACCCUUCAUUCGCGGACAAGAAACAACAGGGUUGUCUCGAGUGUGGCGACAGCUACGUACUGAAGACAAGUCUGGAUCAUCACAUGACGCGCUGCAGCAUUGUAAUCAAGUACCACUGUGACAAAUGCAAAGGAGAUUUUAAGUUUACGAAUAAAUGUCAGCUCUUGACUCAUCUGAGACUGCAUGUUGAUGCAUCAAGUACAUCUAAGGUUCCCCCACCACUGAAAAUAAACUCUGACAACUUAUCUAUUGUGACCCCGUCUGAAGAGGAUCUUCAAAAGGCAACAGAUAAGUUUAAUGUUCCACCAAAGGACCCUGACAAAGUUAUGGUCCGCUGUUUGGAAUGCAGGCAGGUUUUUGCAAAUGAAAAAAUCCUCAAGAUCCAUUUUGGUGCUAAUGAAUUAGUUUGCUCCUUUGCCUUCCAGUGUCUUGUUUGUUCCAAAAUCCUGCCGAGACUGUGUGCCUUGAAUGCCCACAUGAAGAUCCACUCAAACAUGUCAGAUUAUGUCUGUCCGGAAUGUGGCAAGCCUUUUACAAACAAGAGUAUGUCGUUUGUGAGGCAUCUUAAUGAUGAAUGCUACCACCAAAACAGAAUCUUCCUUCUUCAAUGCCCAGUGUGCAACAUCCAUCUGGAAAGUCUCCCCAAGAUCAAGGAACAUUGUAUGAAAGAGCAUGUAAAGAGCAUUAUCAAAUGCAGUUCAUGCAAUGAAGGGUUCCAAACAGCAGAACUUUUAAAGUUUCAUAUUCAAAAUACCCAUGGCCUUGAAGCUGUUCCUCAGCAGGGCACCAGUAGGACCAUGUGUGGACUGUGCAUGAUCCUGCUCAAGUCAAGUUGUCUGUUGGAGAAGCACAUGGAUCACCACAUGCAGGAGCUGAAGAAGAACGCAAAGUUUGGGUAUCAGUGCAGCGACUGCUACCCGAAGAUGCCCGUUUUUACUUCAAAGCAGCUGCUCAUUCAACACAUGCAAGCAGUUCAUAGAAAACUGCAGACAGUGUCCUGCAACUGCUGUGACCUGAUGUUCAACUGUGUCCUUGCCUUGGAGAAACAUCGUCAGAAGGUACAUCCUGUACAGCCACACUCAGUGGGGCGUCAUGAACACACCAAGGUCACCUACCAGUGUGGAAAAUGUAAAGUGACAAACCCAUCAGCUGCUGCUUUGAAGAAGCAUGAUUGCAAGCCACAGACUCAGUCCAUACCCACGGUGCCCAUCACGGUAGCAAUGUGUGCUAGAUGUAAGUAUAUCAUGGCAAGUGAUUACUCGAAACAUAAGUGCCCAAUGGCUACUAAAAGUCCAGACAAAGCCUCAUCAGAGUCAUCUGUGGGCCUUAAGGGUCCGACCAAACCAUUCCCCGUGCAGCUGAUCACAAUCUCGAAACAGUCCCUCAUGCCUCUAUCAGGGAACACAAUUCGCUUGAAGAAGGUUAAAGACUUCAGUUGCAAGCACUGCAAAAAGUGUUUAGAUUCGGCAGGAGAAUUAGCAGCUCAUCUACAGAGCUGUGAAAGUAAUCUUCCCAUGAAGAGAACUUUCAAGGCAUCUCUGAAAAGUAAAAGCACUCUCAGUAGUUCCCAAUAUGUGUUUUCGUGUAACUUGUGUCAUGCCAAGUUUCCUUCAAAAGACAGGCUAUUAAUCCACAUCCAAGAUCACAGCCACAAUGGUGAUAAGAUGUGUUCGGUCUGCAAGGUGAUGGUCUUCAAGACGGGAGCCCAACUGGAAGGGCAUACUCCGUCUUGUAAGGGGCCUGAUCUUGUAGCUGAUCCAGACACCAAGGUUCAGUGCCGAGUAUGCUGCCAAUUCAUCCAGCGGGUUUACUUGAAGAAUCAUAUCCUCACACACAUUACCAAGGGGAAGAUGAUGUGUCGCCAUUGUCAGAGGAUGCAGUUUCAAAGUCGAGAGGAGUUCAAAUCUCAUGAGUAUGCAUGUGGUUUCACGGACUACCCCUUAGAGCACAAUUACUGCUAUGUCUGUGCGAUGACGUUUGACUACCUCGAACAGCUCGUUGUCCACCUUCAGCAGCAUGUGAAGGAGGGAACACUCGUGUGCUGUAAGUGUCAGAGAUCCAGUUUCACCACGAAGGAGGAGCUGGAGGGUCACCACGAGACGUGCGGACAAGACUACAUGAACAUCCUGCCCGGCGAGAUGUGCAGCCUCUGUCGGUGUUCAUUGCAAUAUCGGCCAACAAGCUACUUGCACCGCCACAUAACGCAGCAUGUUACAAAAGGAGCUCUCAUUUGCUGCCGGUGUCAGAAGAUGGGAUGGGAGAGCUUUGGUGAAGUGAAAUCCCAUCAAAUAGGCUGUGGAAUGUUCACGGAGAACACAGCACUGCCGUUCCACCAACAAGACAGGAAGUGUGUGUGCACCAUCUGCAACAGGGACUGCAGCAACAUGAACGCUUUAAUAGCUCACCUGAAACAGCAUGUAGCUAAUGGACAGCUUAUUUGUACAAAAUGUCAGAAAAGGGGUUGGAAGAAUGCAUCCACGUUGAUGAACCAUGAAGUAACCUGUGGCGUCACUCUUGCUAAGUCAGUCAAAGCUGGUUACAAGACAAUGGAUCAUGUGUGUGAGCACUGUGGUAAGAUGUUCCGCAAGUUUAACCUCCUGACAGAACAUGUGAAGAAGGAACAUGUCAGUUUUCCGUGCCACCUCUGUGGUCUGUCAUAUGACACCAAAUCAGCCCUGGUGAGUCACGUCGGUGUGGUUCAUGACGGUAAACGGUCUCUUUUCUCUUGUAAUAUAUGUAAAGAGAAGAAAAUUGAAAAGAGUUUUGCAAGUCAGUCAGGUUUAGAGAAACACAUGAGGAAAAUGCACAAACACCAUCGUCGUCGCUCUGAUAGCUCUGACAUCAGUAAUACAGAAAGGCACAGCUCUGAUACUUCAUCCAAGCCAUCGUCCCCCCCACCUGUGAAGCGACUUCGAGUUGAGGGGGACUUGCAUUAUACUUGUGCCAAAUGUCCUGUCGUCACGGAGGAUGCUGUUCACUUUGCUGAACACAUCAAGGAGCACAACUCUGACAACGCCAACCAGUGUCCUGACUGUGGCCUCUGUUUCGCAAUCCUGGCCACUCUCAAGAAGCACCUGUUCCUUGUCCACAAGAUCCGAGACUCGUACAAGUACUUGCAAGACAGGGGCAUGAAGACAGAAGAGGAGGAAAUAAUUUCUGACUCGGAGGAACUGUCCCCACCACCAAUAAAGAAAUCCAGAUGGACGAACCAUUCUAUGGCGACAAGGAAGUCUGACAAUCCACUUGAAUGUACUGUAUGUUCAACAACGUUUGAUACUGACAAGCAGUUGAAGACACACAUGAGAAUACAUGGCAUGGCAUUCAUUUGCUCCAACAAGAGAGCUGGUUCCGUAAAGUCUAGUCCCAGUGGAGAUGCAUCGCCAAAAGUGGCCCUAUCGCCAGCCAAGUCAUCAAUAAGUUCAAGUUCUGACAGAAAGAUUUCCAAUAAUGCUGGGAGCCAGGAUGUGAAGAAGAAGACAGAGACUGAUUCGGAGACCUUGGCAGACACUCCACUGCCUGAGGACACACAGCAGACACAGAGGCUUGUCAAGGUCAAACAGGAACCCAUGGAUUACGAUUGACGCGACAGACACAUCUUCAGCCUCAUCCCUCAGUCAUGAUGCUGUUGUGCUAGGUGACCUUCAGCUGAUGUUUUGUUAUCACUGAGCAUAUCUUUGGUUGUUGUAGAAUCUUGAUUUGAAUUAUCUCUCUGUGGAGGCCAGUCAGCCUGCUCUUUUGAUUAUGGCUCUCCAUCUAUGGAUGGAACAAUUCACUGAUGGGAUGAUAUGUAAUGAUGGUAGGAGCGUUGCUUUGUCAUGCUAAAGGCCAAGGUUUGGUUCCCCAUCUGAUGUGUGAAGCCCAUUUCCCGUGUUGUUAUGAAACCUAAUCGCUUAGCAAGCAACUGUUUGUGUCAAGAGACAUUUCAGCAUUGAUACCAGUAUGUUUAUCAAGGAUACAUGCUUGUUGUAUUGUCUUGAGGGAUAUAAUACCGUUCUUUUUUUGUUUUGGCUAGCGCGUUCUUGAAAAUGCACUGUACUUUUUGUGUUUGUUUUUUUAUAUAUAUAGUUAGUACCUGUCCUAUAAGAAAGCUUCCUCAGCUGUUUCAGCCCAUAGGAGGACAGUAUGACAUAGUGGUUUCAGGAAGACUUCACCCCAUUUGAGGGUAAUCACAUCCUCGCAGUGUGUAUCUCCAUUGUUAUGAUAUGUACCCUGGACCCACCUUAGCUUUGUUUUGAAGCCAUGUUCAAAAUAGCUGCCUACUUUCAAGCCAAAUGCCAGAGACGUUUAAAUUGGGCUAGUGACAUUUCUGUAAAGAUUGACAGACUGUCUAAGCGUCAUAUAACGUCAAAGUCUGUUGUCAUCUUUUCCAGCUGAAAUAUCUUUAUUACGAUCUUGUGAUUCCUCUAAAUACAUCUCGUUACUAAGAUGAGGCUGCAAUUUUGAAUGUAGAUCUAUCCAGAACUCCUGUUCAGAAUAGGCAUUUGGAUUAGUUGUUAACUGAUUUCAAGCUAGGGAAAUUGUGUGCUCUGUUAGUGAUAUGGGAGCUGGAGCUGGUGACAUCACGUUCAACAUGAAGCUCUGGUGGUGUGUGGGUCCAGGGUAUACAUCACUGGAUGAACGAGGAUGGGUAGCCCGAGCUGAACAACCAGCUGUUCUUGGGUGUCACGGUUCCUUCUCUAUGGGACCAGGGCUACCGUUUUCAAUAAUGUUUACUUUAUAUUCCUCUUCUACACCGUCACUUUCGGUAAGAAAUCAGUAAUUUAUACAAGGAAAUAUGAACUGUCAUGCAAAUGUUCGGUCUCAGUAGGGGCGCAAAGACUAUACUUACAAAUUGGUUUAGAAGUUGGUCAGGGUGCUUAUUUAUAGCAGUGCGUUUAAUACAGCAAAUACGGUACAUGUUUUGUCCCUACUUCUGUAAUUGGGCAACUGGGGGAAUACCAGGGCAGAACAGUCUCCAGUCUCCAUUGCUUGAGCUGGGGGCAUGUAUGACCUAGCUGAUGAGUCGUCAUACUCCAGCAAGGAAUAGCGGUCUUGCUAUUAAUCGGUGCCUUUCCUGGCCCAGACUCAACUAUUUACAGUCCGGGUGAUACAGCUGGAAUAUUGCUGACUGGUGGAAAACUUGCACCAACUUUAUGAUGCAGCACUGUUGACUGUUCAGUGUAUGUGUGAUCUAGUCAUGAGAAAUUAAAUAAUAUGAAUGUUGACAUAACUUGGAAAAUGAAGUCUUCAAAUCUACUUCCUGCUGCUAUUUUUGAAUAUCCAAGAUAUUUGUGCUCAUUGAUAUGCAUGUAUAACAUUGCCAAGGUUUCAGUCAUAUAUUUUGAGGUUAUGGAUAUAGUGUACAGUUUGUGAAACCAACAUGUAUCCUGUCGGCUUUCUCACCAUUGCCAAAGUGGUCAGAGUGUGCAGGGCUGGGACGAGUCCAAAUUUACUACCCCGAUACCUGACCCCCUUUUGCCAGACCCCCUUUUGCCAGACCCUUCCGUGGUACCUGCUGUAGGUCUCAAGAGUUGGGUAGAAAAUGUCCAACUGAAAUUGUUUCACCGGAGCCCUGUAAAACAAAAUUUAGAUGCAUGUUAAAAACGAUCUGAUCAUGCAUACACAAGAGUUGACAGAAGCUUUAUCUUUACUCAAAAAUAACGAAGUUAGAAGUAAUGCAUGCAACUUUAGAGUAACCCUGCAGUUUUAUUGUUUUUUUGUCAUUAGACAAUAUAUCACAUGACUAACCACAGGUCCAGGACUUCAGGUACUCCAGUGGGUACCCGGGUCCUACUCAGGACCCACUUGACCCGAGUUCCAGAGUUACUCGUGCCAGCCCUAGUCUGCUCACAUGUUCAAUUACAGGGAGGCUGAUUGUUAUUCUUGGUCUGCUUACGGAAAGUUUUGUUCUGCGGAUUAUUUUUCAUUUGAUUUAUAGUGACUUUUUGGUCUACAUGAAGAUUGUUGGUCAAGAGAUCCUUUUCAUUGUAUUUAUGAUGAAAGGCAAAGAUUUACAGGGUCCCCAGAAAAAGGCACCACUAAUCCCCAGAAACUCAGAAACCACCUUAAUUUCAACAGGAAAUUGAUGGGAUAAGAGAUUAUUGUCCCCUGCCAUGAAGGGGAAGUGGGAUUUAGGAAUGGGUGCUGUCCGUCACAUUUUGUUUCCGGGGCAGAACUCACGACCCAUAAGAGAUACCUUGAGCAAACUUGGCACAUAGAUAGGUCUAGUGGUGAACUAGUGCCUUUUGAUAGUUUGGGAUUUUUUAAACAUUUAUCUUCCGAGGUUCCAUGGCAAAGACUUUGACAGGGGGAUACAAGUAUUUCAUGCUUGUUUUGUUUUGACGAAAGUGCUCAGAUAAGCUUUAUGGCCUAAAGUGGUCAGUCUGCAUGUUUUCAUGUCCUUUUAUAUCUAGAAUAAAUUUGAUUGUAAAUUAAUUCAUUUACUUGGAAUAUUGAUAUUGCAGACUUGCAAAUGUUCGGUCUCAGUAGGGGCGCAAAGACUAUACUUACAAAUUGGUUUAGAAGUUUGUCAGGGUGCUUAUUUAAAGCAGUGCGUUUAAUACUGCAAAUAAGGUACAAGUUUUGUUCCUACUUCUGUAAUUGGGCAACUGCGGAUAUUCCAGGGCAGAACAGUCUCCAUUCUCCAUUGCUUGAGCUGGGGGCAUGUAUGACCUAGCUGAUGAGUCGUCAUACUCCAGCAAGGAAUAGCGGUCUUGCUAAUAAUCGAUGCCUUUCCUGGCCCAGACUCAACUAUUUACAGUCCGGGUGAUACAGCUGGAAUAUUGCUGACUGGUGGAAAACUUGCACCAACUUUAUGAUGCAGCGCUGUUAACUGUUCAGUGUAUGUGUGAUCUAGUCAUGAGAAAUUAUAUAAUAUGAAUGUUGACAUAACUUGGAAAAUGAAGUCUUCAAAUCUACUUCCUGCUGCUAUUUUUGUAUAUCCAAGAUAUUUGUGCUCAUUGAUAUGCGUGUAUAACAUUGCCGAGGUUUCAGUCAUAUAUUUUGAGGUUAUGGAUAUAGUGUACAGUUUGUGAAACCAACAUGUAUCCUGUCGGCUUUGUUAGGCUGGACAAACUUUCAUUUCUCACCAUUGCCAAAGUGGUCAGUGUGUGCAGGGCUGGGACGAGUCCAAAUUUACUACCCCGAUACCUGACCCCCUUUUGCCAGACCCCCUUUCGCCAAACCCCUCCGGGGUACCUGCUGUAGGUCUCAAGAGUUGGGUAGAAAAUGUCCAACUGAAAUUGUUUCACCGGAGCCCUGUAAAACAAAAUUUAGAUGCAUGUUAAAAACGAUCUGAUCAUGCAUACACAAGAGUUGACUGAAGCUUUAUCUUUACUCAAAAAUAAGGAAGUUAGAAGUAAUGCAUGCAACUUUAUAGUAACCCUGCAGUUUUAUUGUUUCUUGUCAUUGACAAUAUAUCACAUGACUAACCACAGGUCCAGGGCCCACUUGCACAAAACGAUCUUAGCGCUAAGACUAUUGUAAGCCUAUGCUAAAGUAUGGGAGUAACAAUCAUCUUAGCGCUAAGAUCGCUUUGUGCAAGUGGGCCCAGGACUUCAGGUACUCCAGUGGGUACCCGGGUCCUACUCAGGACCCACUUGACCCGAGUUCCAGAGUUACUCGUGCCAGCCCUAGUCUGCUCACAUGUUCAAUUACAGGGAGGCUGAUUGUUAUUCUUGGUCUGCUUACGGAAAGUUUUGUUCUGCGGAUUUUUUUUCAUUUGAUUUAUAGUGACUGUUUGGUCUACAUGAAGAUUGUUGGUCAAGAGAUCCUUUUCAUUGUAUUUAUGAUGAAAGGCAAAGAUUUACAGGGUCCCCAGAAAAAGGCACCACUAAUCCCCAGAAACUCAGAAACCACCUUAAUUUCAACAGGAAACUGAUGGGAUAAGAGAUUAUUGUCCCCUGCCAUGAAGGGGAAGGGGGAUAUAGGAAUGGGUGCUGUCCGUCACAUUUUGUUUCCGGGGCAGAACCAGAGAUACCUUGAGCAAACUUGGCACAUAGAUAGGUCUAGUGGUGAACUAGUGCCUUUUGAUAGUUUGGGAUUUUUUAAACAUUUAUCUUCCGAGGUUCCAUGGCAAAGACUUUGAUUUGGACUGAAUAUAGCGGUAUUGGCAGGGGGAUACAAGUAUUUCAUGCUUGUUUUGUUUUGACGAAAGUGCUCAGAUAAGCUUUAUGGCCUAAAGUGGUCAGUCUGCAUGUUUUCAUGUCCUUUUAUAUCUAGAAUAAAUUUGAUUGUAAAUUAAUUCAUUUACUUGGAAUAUUGAUAUUGCAGACUUGUGAAUAGCUUGAAUAAAGUGUGCAACACUG